AUGCAAAGAAACGUUCAACUUAAUGAAUUUAAUGAGAAAGCUCGAAUAUCUCAAGAUAUUCGAAAUGAUGUAGUUAUUUCACGUAAAAAUCGUUAUCCUAUUGCAGUUGCACAACAUCGGUCUGUCACUCAUCAACGAAGCACAAUGGCCUCGUCCAAGACACGUUCCAUGUUUAAUUCGCAUCGAGUCUACACAGAACCAAACGAUGUACGAUCAAUGACACCAUCACCAUUGCCAGUGGCAUCACAAAAGGAAACCCAUCGUUUAUCCUUGGUACUACCACCAUCGACAGCAGAGUCAACUCCACGUAAAAAUCAUCGGACUGAUGAAGAUGGAUGGAUUCCACCAACGGUGCAAAUGUUGGUAUUAAGACCCUUGAAUACCGUAGAAAUAAGAACAAGAUGUAUUUUUCUCCGUGUUGGAGAAAUCGACACACUUAAUGAACGAUUUUAUGCUGAAAUAUUAUUCGAGGCUAGUUGGAACGAUAUUCAACUACAAAAUGAGACAUGUUAUAAUUCAUCACUUCAUUGGAAUCCGAAAUUAAUUAUUUUGAACAGUGUUGGAGAUAUUAAACACGAGAUUUCCUAUUCGAUUGAGAAUAAUAAAGAUGAAACAAAUAUUCCAGAAGUCACAGAACAUCACAGAAUUCGAGGAAUGUUUUGGGAACGAAUGGAAUUGUACUAUUUUCCUGCCGAUGUACAGGAACUGUCAUUAUCCAUCACAACAAGUCGUAAUGAUAAUGAAUUAAGAUUUUUUCAAAAUCAGUAUAAACCAAGUGGAGUUAUCCGAACAAUAUUUACUGAUGAACAAGAGUGGUAUUUGUAUGAACAUUGUGAAAUACACAUUCAAGCAGAAAUUGAAGAAUUUUCGGAUGAUGGUGAUCGAGUAAAACGUGCUAUUGUCGUAUGUACAUGUCAUGUAGCAAGAAAGUAUGGCUAUUUUUUGUGGAAUUUAUAUUUUCUCAUAUUUUUGAUAACAUCAGCUAGUUUUUGUACAUUUGCCAUUCCAAUAUCAAAUACACAAGGACGAGUACAAGUUUCCUGCACAUUACUUUUAACCUCAGUUACAUUUCGAUGGACCGCCAACAAAUCAUUGCCUACAAUUUCAUAUCUGACAGCUGUCGAUGUUUAUGCGAUCGGAUCCAUAUUUGCCCUAUGUCUGUUAAACAUCUAUCACGGGAUAAUUGGCUAUAUCAAUUAUUAUACGAGUACAAACGUGAGCACAACUUCAUCAGGCACAGUCGCUCAGUUUUAUCUUGUUGUCAUUGAUCGGUAUACACUCAUAGUGUUCACAGCACUUUAUUUCAUCUAUCAGGCACUUAUUAUAUAUUGGAUGUGGAAUGGUCCAUGGAAAAGACGUCGACUAAUGUGUAAAAAAGAUUCAGAUAAAAAACGUAACUAUUUUAGAGAUGGACAACAACGGCAACAAAUCCAACGAGAAAAGCAUCCACCACCACUUCUUACGAGUAAAUCUGUUGAUAUCAAAACAACAACAUCAACAGUUGUUCAAGACUUAGAAUAA